UGGGAGUAGCAACAUGGCGGACGGCGGUUUCCACGCCGACUGAUCCGGAUGUUUGGUGCGCGGUUCUGCUUCACGCACGGCGCAGUUGGACGAUGGCGGCGGACUCCUUUGAGCCGCCGGUACCGGACUGUGACGUCACUGGCUUUAUCUGACACUGAGUUCGUUUAGACGUCAUGGCGGAUGAUUCGGACGUCGCCGUUUCUUCGCGCGCGGAGAGAAAAGCGCGGGAGAAGGCCAAGAUCCUGCAGCGGGAACGGGACCGGAACGGGUCCAAACGGUUAAGGCGGGAAGUGGGUCGAGUUUUGAAGAAGCCGGAAGCGGAACGUUCGGCGGAGGAAGCGGCGGUUCUGCUGCUACACGCGGACACCGUGGACGAACUGAACCAGAGACAGAACCGCCGGAACCUGCUGAAGAGAAAGCGGGAGGAGGUCUUCGAUGAUGCCGACGUGUUGAAGAAUAAAGUCCGGCAGCUGGCGCUGGCAGUGAAACAAGCCAAACACCUGGUGGUUUACACCGGUGCCGGGAUCAGCACGGCGGCGGCGAUCCCGGACUACAGAGGUCCUAACGGUGUUUGGACUCUGCUGCAGAAAGGACGGCGCGGUCAGGUUUGUGUUACCUCGUUGGACCUGAGUAAGGCGGAGCCGACGCUGACUCACAUGUCCAUCAGGACGCUGCACACGGAGAAGCUGGUGAAACACGUUGUGUCUCAGAACUGUGAUGGGCUUCACCUACGGAGCGGACUUCCCAGACACGCCCUGUCUGAGCUCCAUGGAAACAUGUUUAUCGAGGUGUGCUCAUCCUGUUCCCCGGUCAGGGAGUUUGUGCGUUUAUUUGACGUGACAGAGCAGACCUCGUUGCAUCGCCAUGGGACCGGCCGCAGGUGUUGCCACUGCAGCAGCGAACUCAGGGACACCAUUGUGCACUUUGGGGAACGGGGAACCCUGGACCAGCCUCUGAACUGGAAGGGCGCCGUAGAGGCGGCCAUGGCAGACACCAUCCUGUGCUUGGGCUCCAGUUAAAGGUGGGUGCUGAAGAAAUAUGCGUGUCUGUGGUGUAUGAACCGGCCGGCCAGCAGAAGACCCAAACUCUACAUCGUCAACCUCCAGUGGACACCAAAGGAUGAUCUGGCUGUGCUGAAAAUUAACGGAAGGUGUGAUGAUGUCAUGAAGCUUCUCAUGGAGGAACUGAAGCUUCAGAUUCCUGCAUACGUCAAAGCGCAUGACCCCAUCUUCAUCUUAGCCACGCCUCUAAACACAGACGAGAUUGGCAGCCAUACUCGUGAGGUCAUCACUCUGCCUGCUGCUCGCCAUGACGACUCGACUGACGCCGGCGAGCGAGCGGCGGCCGUGCGCGGCGGGUGGUUUGGGAGGGGUUACUGCAAAGGAAGGAGGAAGAAGAAGAAAAAAGCUCCAUAAGACAGGAUUCCUCACAGACUGAGGUCACGUAGGUGCAGCUACAAGUUCUGGACAACAAAAAGCCUUUUGGCUGUUUUUUUCCGUGUGUUCAUGCGUCUCUUCCUGAGUGUCCAAAAACAACAAAAGCCCGUCAAGUGACACGAAACUUGGAUGUCAGCAGCUGACAUAAUCCCCAAAAACCACAUCCUGUAUGAUACAAGCAGCAGUGGUCUCGGGGCGGAGCCUCCACCUGUCUCGGAGUGGCAGCUUUGUGGAUGAUAGAAGUUCAUAAACAUCCUUAUUUUGAGCUACACACAGCUUCAAACACACCUCCUGAUUUCUGUCUCAUACGUUAAUGCCGCUUUCACACCGGGCGCGAUCAGACGCUACAAAUUUGUGGGGGUCGCGUGGCGACGGACGCGCCUCCUUUGCCCGGUGUGUCGCUCUGCUUUUGCUGUGAAAAUUC